AUGGCACCCACCAGUACAGAAACCUUCGACCCAACUGUUACAGCUCAAGUCCAGGUCGUGGAGCUGUUUGGCACAGAAUACAAUGUUGCCAGCACAUCGUCUCUGAUUCGUUACACGGAAGGACUCAAUGGUACCAUUCCAACCGAGAUAGGAUUGCUAACUGAGUUGACAGGGUUGAAUUUGGGAGUCAAUAACUUGGUAGGAGAAAUCCCCUCUGAAAUUUCCAUGCUGACGGCAUUGAGGGAAUUGUACUUGUUUUGGAACUUGUUAUCCAACAGCAUACCUUCUGAAAUAGCAUUGAUGACACAGUUGACUCGAUUGGCCUUGUACCACAACUUUUUCACUGGUAGCAUCCCUACAGAGUUAGGACAGCUUACAGCAUUAACAUGGCUCAACUUGAAAGAAAACCAACUAUCCAAUGAAAUUCCAUCCCAGAUUGGAUCCUUGUCUGCAUUGGAACACUUGACAAUUGCUGACAAUGAGAUCUCCAAAAAUCUUCCCACAGAGAUUGGAUUACUGACCGAGUUGACCUACUUGAGGUUGGCGCAAAACCAGGUAUCGGGAAGCAUCGUAUCCGAAGUUGGAUUGCUGACAGCAUUGCAGUGGUUGUACAUAUCCCACAACAAUUUGUCCAGCAGCAUUCCCUCUGAAAUCGCCAUGCUCACUGCGUUGCGAUCAUUGUGGCUCUACAACAACUCACUAUCUGGCAGCGUGCCCCAAAGUCUCUGUUCCAACUCAUUUCUGUAUCAAGUUGUUGUGGAUUGCUUGCCCGAUCCCUUUCACGUGGAAUGUCCAUGCAUGGAGUGUGAAUGUUUCUACUAG